AUGAGCACAGACACUGCCGAGGAAGACCCAGGGCUUCGACAACCCGUCACACCUCCGGAGCAAGAGGAGGCGCCGGCCAGUGGCGCAGGUGAAGGUGAGACUGUGGAAGGCCAGGCCGAGAAAGAUGCCGAGGACUCUGAUGACGCUUGGGGAGACUGGACGAAGAAAGGUAAGGAGGAGGAGAAGGAAGAAGACGAUGAAGAAGACGGGUGGGGUGAUUGGACCAAAGCAGGCAUGAAGGACGGCAAAGCCUCAAAGAAGAAGGAAAAGAUCGUCAACCCGUUUACGCUGCUGCUCCAGAAGGGAAAGGGGAAAGGCAACGACAAUGGCAACUCUGGCAGACACGGCCGAAGGGACCGUGGUGGAGGUCGAAGGGAUGGCAAGGGCAACAGCCGCAACCUCGCAGCGAAAGCCAGGGAGGAAGCCCUUGCACGGGAGAGAAUGGCCGCAUUUGCCCGCACCAUGCUGCAUCGGCACAUAGUGCCUCCGAAGAUGCGCCCACCUCGGCCGCCUUUGAUGUUCAAUCUUCCUCCACGGCCUCCGGCCUUUUCUGGUGGAUCCAUCCCCGUCCGGCCGGGCAUGACGGUUGCAGCACGGCCGAUGUUCGUGCCAAUCAUGCAGCCGGGUGCGCCUCCCGGGGCAUGGAUGAACUCGGUUCCUCCGCCCCCGCUGCCCUUCAGACCGGCGAUCCCGCCGCGGCCGCCGACCGGCCCAUCGGCUCGAGCCACGCCCAGCGCGGCGGCCACGCCGAGUCAGCAGCCGCCUCCGCCUCCUCCUGAGCCGCCAAGGCAGAAGGCGCGGCCAACGCCCAGGGCUUCCCUGGCGCGUUCUGUGCCCAGGCCGACGACCAGGCCGCCGCAACCCAAUCAUGGGUCUGCGAAGCCGUCGGAGCCGUCGAAGCCGCCAAAGCCCACUUCCAUGAAGCCGCCGGAACCGUCGAAGCCGCCGAAAGGCGCCCCGCCUCUGGCCGAAAACCGCACCAAUGGUGUGAAGCGCCCCAGGGAAGAAGGCUUUGCAGAAGAGCUGGUCGAGUGGCUGAACAGCCUAGACAAGGGCAAGGGUGUGAUGAUGGAAUACCACGAGGCCAUGUCCCAACACUGCAGCAGCUGGCAAGAGCUGAUAGAAUGGGCCGUUCAAGAUCUGGACACGAAGAAGAUGGUGUUCAAGCUGUCUUUCUUGGAAAGCACCAAGCUCAAGAAAGUAGGCCACAAGAUCAUGUUUGCCACUGGCUUCCGCAAGCUGAUCAAACAGCGGGAGGACGCUAGGGCGUCCUCUGCAGCUGGGCCUCCGGCGGUCCCGGAGCCAAGCGUGCAGGCCGCAUCCCUUGGCCAGCGCGCGCCGCGGACCCCGCCAAAGCCGCAGCCGAAGGCAAUGCCGCUCCGGCGUGGGGUGGCUGGCCGCAUGCCACCGAAGGAGACAGCGGAGCUGGAGCCCAUGGAGGAGAUGGAGGAGGUGGCUUGCGAGCCCUUAGAGCCUGAGGAGGAUGUCCAGAUGAAUCGGCUGUGGCAGGACCUGUGCCACAAAGAGGCUCCUGAGGCUGCGGACGAGGCUCCAGCAGACCACGCCUGGGGCCCAGAGGAUGAGGAGGCUCCGGCAGACGAAGCUUGGGGCCAUGACGCGCCCGACGAAGCUUGGGGCAACAGCACGGCAUACGAAGCCCAUGACGAGGCUUCAACCGACCAAGCGUGGGGCCAACACGUGGCCGACGACCAUCACGAGGCUCCCGACACCGGAUGGGAAGCAUCCGCCGAGGACUUGGCUGCGGAGCUUGAGGAGGAAGUUGCCGAGGAUCCGGAACUUGGUCGUCGCUUCGCCGCCGCCAUGAAGGAGGUCUACCGGGACGAGGCCCAGGCUGAGGACGAAGAGGAGAUCGAGAUUCCAGCGAAGGUCCCGAUCUCAACUCCUCCCGCCAGAGCAAGGCCUUUUUCGGCCUUCGGAGCACAGACACCGCAGAUGGUUCCGCCGCGCCACGCAGCAGCCUCUCCGGGUGCCAGGACGGCGCGACCGCCCCACAACCCGCCUCCGGCAAGGCUGUUGCAAGGCCGACAAUCUCCGUCGGAGCCUGCGAGAUCGCCACAGGCGCAGAAGAGACCCUGGUCGCAUCAGUGA